GUGUAGCGGCACUGGAGGUAGCGGCGUGCGGCAGCGUCGAUGAAUAAGCGGUAGUGGUGUGCGGCGGCGGCGGUCUGGAGGAAGCGCCGUUUUCGGGGCUCGAGUCGCUCGUAUUGGUAUUCCGUGGGAGCGACAGCAUGUGUUAGAGGUGAUGGCGGAAUACAGCAGGGUGACGAAGGCCUGCACCGAGCGCGGAGAGCUAUGGGAAGACCCGGACUUCCCUGCCUCACAGACGUCUGUGUUCUACCACCAGACUCCGCCAUUCACGUUCACCUGGCGACGACCUACGGAACUGGUGCAGAAUCCGAUCUUCAUCUCCGAAGAAAAUUACCAGUUCGACAUCGUCCACGGCAAGCUAGGUGACAGGUGGUUCGUGUCGUGCCUGGGAUGCCUCCACCUGACGAAGGGCCUCUUCUACAGAGUGGUGCCAGCCGACCAGGACUUUCAACCCGAGGCCGGCUACUGCGGUGUAUUUAGAUUCCGCGUGUGGUGGUGCGGCGAGUGGCGGGAGGUGCUCGUGGAUGACAGACUUCCCACCGUCAACGGAAAGCUGGUGUUCGUCCACUCGCAGUCAACCAACCAGUUUUGGCCUGCGCUCUUGGAGAAGGCCUAUGCAAAGCUCCACGGGUCCUACGAGGCUCUGAAAUAUGGCACAUCCCUGGACGGCUUGUCGGACUUCACGGGCGGCGUGGCGGAAUGCGUGAGCUUGCGGGCGGAUCCCACGACUUGCGGGCGUCUCCUGGCUAAACUACUUGACCUCACAUCCAUCGUCACCGCCGUCGUGACUGGACACAACCAUGGCCAGUCCAAGAUGCAGCCGGAGAAACUGGCCAAUGGCAUCGUCAUGGGCGUCAACUACCGCAUCUACGCCAUAGAAAAGGUUGAGCGAUACAGUGGGGAGCAGGUGAGUCUGGUGCGGCUGAGGACUCCCCUUGGAACCAGCGGGGAGUACCUGGGCAGCUGGAGAGGGCGCGACGCCCCGGAGUGGGACGACGUCCACCAGCAUGAGAGGGACCGACUCAACCUCAAGCUCACACCGGAGGGCGAGUUCUGGAUGUCCUACAGUGACUUCGUGCGGACGUUCACGCAGCUGGAGGUAAUCCACCUGGACGGGGAGACGUCGCGGGACGAGCCCUCCCUGCGCCACAAGACGCCCUGGACGUCCCGCGUGUACCAGGGCACGUGGCUCAAGGGCGUGACGGCGGGUGGGUGCAGGAACAACGCAGACACCUUCCACAUCAACCCGCAGCUCCACCUCAUCCUGAGCGACAUGGAGGAAGUCGUCAUUUCCCUGAACCAACAUUCCGUCAUGGAGCCAAAGGUAAUAGGUUUCACAGCCUACCCACUCUCCAAGAAUGGCCUCGACUCCAUCAGCAAAGCUUUCUUUAAGAAGAACAAAUCACUCGUCAAUUCGCAGUACACCAACAGCCGACAGGUGAGCGAGCGAGUGCAGCUGGAGCAAGGGGGGUACAUCCUUCUGCCGACCACCUUCGAGCCCGGGCAAGAAUCUUCCUUCACUCUGAGGGUGUUUUCCUCAAAGCCCCUCAAACUCAAGUUAGUAGACACAGCCCCGUCCCUAGUGAAGCCGGCGCUGCUGAAGGCCCGAGGCUCAGUGGAUGGGAAGAGCCUGCAGCAGUACGAAGCCGUGUUCCUCCAGGUGGCCGACGAACACCGCACUGUAAACGCCUUUGAACUUCAUGAGCUGCUCGAGGCUUGUUUGCCAAAUGAUUACAUCAAGAGUUGUGCUAGUCUUGACAUCUGCAGACAAGUCAUCCUGGCUCUAGAUAGUUCAGCGACGGGGAGACUGAAAUUCUCAGACUUCAAAGACUUGAUGGUGAGUCUGAAAUUCUGGCAGAAUGCCUUCAAGAGCCACACAAAAGAGCGAACUGGAAUCCUGAAAGCUGAGAGACUUCGGGAUGCCUUAGAAGAUGUCGGAUUUCAACUGAACACGGAGGUUGUGUCCACACUGGUGCUUCGCUACAUGAGAAAAGACGGAACGCUAAGGUUCGGGGACUUUGUCAGCGCAGUGCUCCACCUCUCCGUUGCGUUCAAUAUUUUUGAGAAGCGAGACCCUCUACAGAACGGCGCCGUCAAAUUCUCACUGGGCGAGUGGCUGAAGUGUGGACUCAUGUGCUGAGGCAUUAGACUAAGGCAACGCAAAAUUAUGUGAAGACUAGCUUUAAACAUUGUGCUAUAAAUACUCAUGUGUAUGAUUCUUUUAUUGUAUAUAGUACGUUAUAUAUAUAUAUUUUAGAGUUUAUGUAUUGAGUGAUUGUCUAUGUGACACUCGUUUCCUGUGUUCAUUUUGUUACGAAGCAUGUAAGAAAAAUGUAUAUUGCUUUUCAUAUACUAAUUACAGAAAGAAAAUUAUUCCAUUUCAAAGCACUUUUAAAAAUGAUGUACAGCACGGCAUAAAAUGAUACUCUGUCCGAUGUAAUUAUCUUUUAUACUCGCAUAAUUAGAGUUUAUAUAACGAAAACUUUUUUUGUACAUUUAUUGCUAAUUUUAUAUGUACAUACAACUGAAAAUAAACGGUUUUAUGCACAUUAGUUUGCUGCAGUUGCGAAUACCCAAGGCAGCCGUGCAUGGUGGAUAUUUAUGGAAGCCCUUUCUUGUCUAAUACGCCCCGAAAGGGAUAUAGCAUGGCUGAUCAUUAUUUUCAUUUCCGCUAUCAAUAUUAUCACCAUUACUGUUAUAAUCAUAAUAAUAAUGAUAAAAAUAAUAAUAUGAAUAAUAAUGACAAUAGUUAUUAUUAUUAUUGUCAUGAGAUUUAU